AUGCUUCCCGCACGAGGUUUUUUCCACGCACCUCAUUCAGUACCUCAAAAGCAUGCAGAGCAACCACAUACAGAUCGUCCUCAGCCAGAGACUCAAUUAACCCACGACCAACUGGUGGCUGAAGUGAAGGGGAUAUAUGCUGCUCUUGUUAUGAUAGAAACCAAGUACAUUGAACUGGAAAAUGUUAAGUUACCCGACUCCGGUGACCAUAAGUUCAACAAGGAGUCUUGGCAAGCCGCGAUAGCUUACCACCGAAAACGAAUAGCGUAUGAGCAGAUACUGGCCUUUGUACCGCCACGUCGGCUUGUUUCCAAGUAUUCCAUGCCCGCCCGUAUGUGGCGGCAUGAUGUUCAUUCUUUCUCUGAGCCGCCCCGACACAGACGACCAGCAUCCCUGGAUGGACCAAAGCAGAGAUCCGUCCUGCCCAUAAAUCUGAAGGGCAAAACUCACCAUGCAUUAGCAGACACGAUGGCGUCUAAGAACGUCAUGUCUGAGGAACAUGCCGUCUCCAUUGGCGCGGUCAUCGAUCGGGGUCGAGGGAAACAGCAUACUUUUACGAAUGCUGUUGGAAAGUAUUUCCAAUCACUGGGUGAAACGACAAUCGAAGUCUUAUUCCCUGAUGACCCUUUGAAGAAGCUCAAGCAGACAUUCGCGGUCGUCAAGAAUUGUGCGGCAGCAUUGGUCAUGGGUGAUCCUUUUCUAAGGAUGACGGAAACCCUCACGAAAUCUCGGCAUCGUCUGAAAACGGUAGCUCUCACGGUGAAGCAGCACUGGAGACUGUGUUAUAUGGACAUUCCUCAUCGCCAGCUGAGCUGUUCAAUCGAUGGACAUUCUGUUUUGGCGAAUGCAGACACCGGCUCCGAAAUUGACUUGCUGACACCAAUAUGCGCGGCUGGUCCAUCGAGAAGUUAG